AUGGGAAAGAUUGGUUGUUUUGGGACGCUAAUCAUUGGUCUUUUAGCGUUUGUGGGCUCAACUGAAGCUCAACUAACGAUGGGUUUUUAUGAUAAUAGCUGCCCAAAAGCUGAGAAGAUUGUGCAAGACUUUGUUAACCAGCACAUCCACAAUGCUCCUUCUUUGGCUGCAACCUUUCUCAGAAUGCAUUUCCAUGAUUGCUUUGUCAGGGGUUGCGAUGCAUCUGUGCUGUUGAACACAACUUCCGGCGAACAACCCGAAAAGGCAGCAACUCCAAAUCUAACGCUCAGAGGCUUUGACUUCAUUGACAGAGUGAAAAGCCUAGUUGAAGCUGAAUGUCCUGGAAUUGUGUCUUGUGCAGAUAUUCUUACCUUGGUCGCAAGAGACAGUAUAGUAGCCACAGGAGGUCCAUCCUGGAGAGUUCCAACUGGCCGGCGAGACGGUUUGAUUUCAAAGUUCUCGGAGGCCAUGUCCAACAUCCCACCUCCCUCUUCCAACUUCACCAGUCUACAAACAGUUUUUUCUAACCAAGGUCUUGAUUUGAAAGACCUAGUUGUGCUUUCUGGAGCUCAUACCAUUGGCCUUGCUCAUUGUUCAUCGUUUUCGAACCGGCUGUACAAUUUUACUGGAAUUGGUGAUCAAGAUCCAGCUCUAGAUGCCGAAUACGCCACGAAUUUAAAGGCAAAAAAGUGCAAAAGUAUUAAUGAUAACACUACCAAAGUUGAGAUGGACCCUGGAAGCAGAAAAACAUUUGAUCUUAGCUACUAUACACUCUUACUUAAAAGAAGAGGUUUAUUUGAAUCAGAUGCUGCCUUGACCACAACCUCUAAUACAUUGGCUACGAUCAACCAAUUACUUCAGGGUUCACUUGAUUUUUAUUCUGAAUUUUCAAUGUCCAUGGAGAAAAUGGGCAGGAAUAAUGUUAAAACCGGCUCCGACGGUGAGAUUAGGAAGCAAUGUGCUUUGGUUAAUAGCUAA